AUGGCAGAUGAAUGCGGAGAAAAUGAAGUGUACAAAACCUGUGGACCCGUCUGUCGAGAAACGUGUUUGGACGUGAAAAUGAAGGCGCCUGCUGGUCAAUCCCGACGCUGCUUUUCUCUGCGCUGUGAUGCCGGUUGUUUCUGCAAAGACGGAUAUGUGCUGGACAGUCUCGGAGAGAAUGGCAAAUGCAUUAAAGCAGAAGACUGUCCUUGA